AUGAUUGUAGUAGUUGCAAGCAAUUCUUAAUAUGUUAGUUUUGCCACCAUUGUUAGACUAAUGCUAAUCAUUAUAAUUUAUUGUAAAUGUGUUUGGAUUAAGAAUAAAUCAAGUAAAAGCUAAAUAUAAUUUUAAGAUUAGUCAAAAGAGGGAUAAUAAUAUCUCUGUUUAAGAUAAUAUGUUCGAUUGGAUUUGAAUCAUAUACUGCUGUUAAAAUUGAUAAUUCUAUGAAUUUCUAUACAAUUUAUUAAGCUGCUAUAAUGGCAGUUUUAAUUGUAAAUUCAAUUCUUCUUUUAUUGUUGAUGUAUUUUGGAUGGCGAAUUUAUGUAGAAAUAAAUGAGAAAUCAUUUGUUUAGACUUCUCCAGAUGGAUUCAGGAUGAUGGAGUAAUUAUCUGCAAUCCAAUAAUAAGAGUAAUAAGAGAAAUCAAUAAAAAAAGAAGAAAUUAAGAAUCCAACACCAGAUUAACCAGAAUUGGAUGAUAAGGGUUCUGUCAAUAUUUCAAUUAAUGAGAAUAUGAGUCCAGCAAUGCUAAAAUUAGUAUUUUAAUUAUUUUAUAAAGAAAUCCAGUUUAAGUCCAAGUCCAGGAAAAUAUAGAUCUGGGAAAAUACUUGACUUCUUAGAAAAAAAGAUAAGUCAUGCAAAAAACAGUUAAAAAGAAUUAAGUAAUGGAUUCAGUCGUGAAUUCAAUAGAAAAUUCAAUACUGAUUAAAGUAAAAUAGAUAUAAAUAAUAAAAAGUAUAAUAAAUUAGUCUUGACUUCGGAGAUCAAGAAGAUAUUUCUUCAGCAAGAAAUCCAAUUGAUGUAUAAAUUCAGAAUCAUAACUUUUCCAAAGAUAUUAAAUUCAUUUCUUGA